AAGUCCCAAAGACUUCCGGUGCGGGUGGACGUCGCCGGCGGUCCUUCCUACGUAAACUCCGGGCGGGGCGUGCGGGAGCCUGGGCGGUGAGCUGUGUUAAAUUUUAGGCGGAGACUGUUCAAUGAAGAAAGACCUGAGAAAGGAUCAGGACAGGCAGGAGAUAGUUAACUGAAAGGAAUCUGCCCCACUGCUUCAACCAAACCAGAUGCCUUCUUCGACUUCAGCAGACCAAGGAGAUGACCUGGAGGCCUGUCUUUUAAGAUUUUCAGACUUGGAUUUGAAAGACACAAGUAUUAUCAAUCCCAGUAGCAGUCUUAAAGCAGAGCUAGAUGUCAAUACAAAGAAGAAAUAUUCAUUUGCAAAGAAAAAGGCAUUUGCCCUUUUUGUCAAAACCAAAGAAGUUCCAGCACCGUCUUAUAAAUGCAAAGAAAUAUGGUGGAAAUGCUGUCAGCAGCUGUUCACGGGCCCCACUGGCAUCCACAGACACGUGGCGGCACAGCACGCUGAUGAAGUUUGGCAUCAGACUGCUUCUGUUUUGAAGCAGCUCGCUGUGGCAUCGAGCACCUCAAAGAGCCUUACGUCUGCCGACAAAAGGAACCCACCGAAAGAGUGCCUUACUCGAAACCAUGACGUGUCUGCUUGGCUCCCUGACAUUAGUUGCUUUAGCCCUGAAGAGCUGAUAAGUGGUGAGGGCAGUGAUGAAGGAGAGGUGUUACUUUAUUACUGCUAUCGUGACUUGGAGGAUCCCCAUUGGAUCUGUGCCUGGCAGACAGCUCUGUGUCAGCACCUGCACCUCACAGGCAAGAAUGCUUUUUCCCUAGAUCUUCACAUGGCUCACUCCUCACUUCAAAUCUCUGCUCAGAUGUUAUCUCCUCAGAACUCUAAUCUGAAGAGGUCCUUUUUUCUGUGCAGAUGGCGUGUACUUCCGACUCUCUUCUCCCCGCCGAGAAAGGCUUCACUAGGCUCCAGUACUCUCUCAAGGACUGGAUGUGACUCAGAAUGCUCAUCAUGGGACUCUGCACAGCCCCUACUAGUGCGAAUUGCUACAGAAGGAAUCAACGGGACAGUGGGUGGAAGCAAAUUGGCCACCAGACUCUAUGUGGAAGUCAUGCUUUCCUGCCCAUUGUUUAAGGAUUAUCUGUGUGAGGAUGAUUUUAAGACCAGCAAAGGAGGAGCUUGCUGUUUCCCAGAGUUGCGUGUUGGUGUAUUUGAAGAAAUUGUGCCUAUGGGGAUCAGUCCCAAUAAGAUCUCCUACAAGAAGCCUGGAAUCCAUUUGUCCCCAGGUGAAUUUCAUAAAGAAGUAGAAAAGUUUUUGUCUCAGGGAAAUCAAGAACAAAGUGAUACUAUCCUCCUGGACUGCAGAAACUUCUAUGAAAGCAAAAUAGGACGCUUCCAGGGCUGCUUAGCCCCAGACAUCAGGAAAUUCAGUUACUUCCCUAGCUACGUUGACAGAAAUCUAGAACUUUUCAGAGAGAAGAGGGUACUGAUGUAUUGCACUGGGGGCAUCCGUUGUGAGCGGGGUUCUGCUUACCUCAAAGCCAAGGGAGUGUGCAAGGAAGUGUUCCAGCUCAAGGGUGGCAUCCACAAGUACCUGGAGGAGUUUCCUGACGGUUUUUACAAAGGGAAAUUGUUUGUUUUCGAUGAGCGUUAUGCUUUGUCCUACAACAGUGACAUAGUGUCAGAAUGUUCAUACUGUGGAGCCCCAUGGGACCAGUAUAAACUCUGCUCCACUCCCCAGUGCCGUCAGCUCGUCUUGACCUGCCCCGCCUGUCAAGGACAAGGACUAACAGCCUGUUGUGUCACAUGUCAAGACAAAGGGAGCAGGCCGGCUUCAAGCCCUGCCCAGCACAGCUUUAAGGAGGAAUGUGACUGUACAGCCCGACGGCCACGCAUACCCAGUGAGCUUUCACAGCGGGCGCCACCCCCCCUGAGCCCGGAGCCAAGACCUGAUGUUGCUGAGGAUGGGCCCUGCUUGUGUGAGCGGCACCGGCAACAUUUCCCGGAGGCUUCACAAAGCUAGGUUUGAGGCAGCCAUGUAUUCGGAAAUAGCCAGGCUGCAGCAACAGAGAAAUGGGGAACUUGGGUGCUGGCCAAUGACACCAUGGCACACUGGUCACCUAUUUGGCCACUUAUCCUAUAUAAUAAAAGCCUAAUAUGCUAAGUGUCUGGUGGUCCGGGCGGCUGUUCAACCAAUCAAAGCAUAAUAUACUAAUGAUCUGCUACGUCUGCUCAACCACUCGCUAUGACGUGCA